AUGCAAAGCCUGGGAGCCCUGCUUCUGUUACUGACCACCUGCCUGGCAGUGAGUGCCCGCCUGGCACCAACUCUACCUGAUGACAUCCAAGUGCAAGAGAACUUCGACCUCUCUCGGAUCUACGGCAAAUGGUUCAACAUAGCCAUUGGUUCCACCUGCCCAUGGUUGAAGAGGUUCCAGACCAGGAUGUCCAUGAGUACGCUGGUCCUGGGAGAGGGAGCUACAGACACAGAGAUCAACACAACCAGCACCCGCUGGCGGAAAGGUUCCUGUGAGUUGGUCUCUGGGACAUAUCAGAAAACCGACACUGAUGGGAAGUUCCUCUAUCACAAAUCCAAAUGGAAUGUAUCCAUGGAGUCCUAUGUGGUCCACACCAACUAUGAUGAGUAUGCCAUUUUUCUGACCAAGAAAUUCAGCCGGCAUGGACCCAGCAUCACUGCUAAGCUCUAUGGGCGGCAGCCACAGCUACGGGAGAGCCUCCUGCAGGAAUUCAGAGAGUUUGCUGUAGGCAUGGGCAUCUCCGAGGAUUCCAUCUUUACCAUGGCCAACAAAGGUGAGUGUAUCCCUGGAGAGCAGGAACCAGAGCCCAGCCCAGCCCAGAGAGCCCGGCGGGCUGUGCUACCCCAGGAAGAUGAGGGCUCAGGAGCUGCACAACAAGUACCUGAUUUCAGCAAGAAAGAAGAUUCCUGCCAGCUGGAGCAUGCAGCAGGUCCCUGCCUGGGGAUGAUUACUAAGUAUUUCUAUAAUGGCUCGUCCAUGACCUGUGAGACCUUCCAAUAUGGUGGCUGCUUGGGUAAUGGUAACAACUUUGCUUCAGAGAAGGAGUGUCUACAGACCUGCCGAACUGUGGCGGCCUGCAAUCUCCCCAUAGUCAGCGGCCCCUGCAAGGGCUUCAUCCAGCUCUGGGCAUUUGAUGCUGUCCAGGGGAAGUGCAUCCUCUUUAACUACGGGGGCUGUAAAGGCAACGGCAAUAAGUUCUACUCUGAGAAGGAGUGCAAGGAGUACUGUGGCACUCCUGGUGAGGAUGAGGAGCUGCUGCGAUUGAAAAACUAA